GUGUAUCAGUGUAAUACUUCCGGUGUUCCUUACAGCGGUAAUGCAAGUGUGUUGUGUCAAUUUUAGAAACAAUUAAUGAAACACAAAACCAGUUGACGGAUUUCUGGACUAUUUAUUAAGGUUUAGCGCGUUCGUUGUAGCUGAAAUCAAACAUGGAUAUCCCCAACCCCCCUGAAGAUCAAGAACUGAGGAAUGUCAUUGAUAAGCUGGCCCAGUUUGUUGCCCGGAACGGGCCAGAGUUUGAAAAGAUGACAAUGGAGAAACAGAAGGACAACCCCAAGUUCUCCUUCCUCUUUGGGGGCGAAUACUUCAGCUACUACAAGUGCAAACUUGCUAUGGAGCAACAGCAGCAUCCCUCUACCCACGAUGGGGAGGAAUAUAAAUCUGAAGAAAUAUACAACCCUGGUGCCAAAGACAUGGUUGAUAUUCCUCCUCCACCAAUGCAGAUGAUUGCCCCGCCUCCAAUUCCUCCACCUGCUGCUUCCUCCAUUGACGAGCUCAUCCAACAGAGCCAGUGGAAUCUGCAGCAGCAGGAGCAGCAUCUGCACACACUAAGACAGGAACAAGUGACUGCAGCCAUAGCUCUGGCUAUGGAGCAGCAGACCCAAAAACUGCUGCUGGAAACUCAGUUGGACAUCACAGAAUUUGACAACCUGUUGCAGCCCAUCAUAGACACCUGUACCAAAGAUGCUAUCUCUGCUGGUAAGAACUGGAUGUUCAACAAUGCCAAGACUCCACCGCACUGUGAACUGAUGACGUCACAUCUCCGCAACCGCAUCACUGCUGAUGGAGCGCAUUUUGAGCUCCGGCUACAUCUGAUCUAUUUAACCAAUGAUGUUCUCCAUCACUGCCAGCGGAAGCAGCAGAAAGAUUUGUUGGCAGCGCUGCAGAAAGUUGUGGUUCCCAUCUACUGCACCAGCUUUCUGGCUGUAGAGGAAGAGAAACAGCAGAAGAUCACUCGGUUGUUGCAACUUUGGGAGAAGAAUGGGUACUUUGAUGAGGAGACCAUUCAGCAGCUUCAGAAUCCAGCACUGGGCCUCGGCCAGUACCAAGCAUCUCUGAUAACAGAGUAUGCUGCGGUGGUGCAGCCGAUCCAGCUGGCCUUCCAGCAGCAGAUCCAGGCUUUGAAGACCCAGCACGAAGAGUUUGUUGCCAGCUUGAAGCAGCAACCACAGCCUGCCCCUGUAGCACAACUAUCUACCCCCGCCGAGGCUGAAAAGGCCCCAGCUAUGACCACACAAGCUGGUGAUGUUAAGCCUCCCAUGUCUGGUCCUCCUCCUGGGGAGUUUGAUGCUGCUUCAUCCAGACCACAGGACCCCAGCAACCCCAGUGGACCCUCAGAUAUCUCCUCCAACAAGCCUGCGUGGUAUGACCCCCAGCACAUAGGCCCCUGGAACCCCAACCAGCCGCCUCCUUUUGACCCAAACCAGCCUCCCCCUCCGUGCCCUCCAUGGAACAGCCACGAGGGGAUGUGGAACGACCAGAGAGACCAAGGGAACUGGAGUGGAGGUCCACCCAGAGAAGGAGGUCCUUGGAGUGGUCCAGGUGGCACUGACCCAGGCCCCCCAUCUUGGAACUCGUAUGACCAACAGCCACCAUGGGGGAACCAGCCUGACCAGCCUCCGUGGGGCCAGAGGGAGCCCCCAUUUCCACCACGCAUGCAGAGACCUCCCCAUUUCAGAGGGCCCUUCCCUCCCCACCAGCAGCCACCUCCUUUCAACCAACCACCACCACCACCACACAAUUUCGGACGCUUCCCGCCACGAUUCAUGCAGGACGACUUUCCUCCCAGACACCACUAUGACAGGCCGCCAUACACCCCACACCGUUUUGACUACACUCAGGGAGAUUAUCCUGGAGACAUGCCAGGUCCUCCUCCCCAUCACCAUCCCAAUCAGAGGCUCCCUCCCCCAGGUAUGGGGCCUGAACAUCCUCCCUGGAGUGGAGGCCAGCACCCGGAUUUUGGCCCACCCCCACACGGCUUCAACGGCCAUUCACCCCACAUGCGUCAUCGGCAGCAUCCGGUCCAAGAUGACCCCAGUCUUGUGCCCAACGUACCCUACUUUGACCUGCCAGCUGGUCUCAUGGCCCCACUGGUCAAACUUGAGGACUGUGAUUACAAACCUCUGGACCCUAAAGACAUCCGACUGCCCCCUCCCAUGCCUCCUAGUGAUCGACUACUAGCCGCUGUGGAAGCUUUCUAUAGCCCUCCAUCCCAUGAUCGGCCUAGGAACAGUGAAGGCUGGGAGCAGAAUGGUCUGUAUGAGUUCUUCAGGGCCAAGAUGAGGGCCAGGAGGAAAAAGGGCCAGGAGAAACGCAACAGUGGUCGUGGAGGCAGUCGCUCCAGGAGUCACUCUCGUAGCAGAGGGAGGUCUUCGUCUCGCUCCAGCUCUCGCUCUUCAAAGUCCUCCAGGUCACGGUCCCGUUCAUCUCGCUCCCGCUCACGCAGCCGUUCCCGCUCCUACUCACGAUCCAGGUCCAGGACCAGAUCCGGGUCAUCACGGAGUCACUCUUGUUCCAGAUCCAGAUCCCGUUCACAUUCACCCACCAAGAGACGCCGUGGCGCCAAAUCCCGAAGCUCCUCCCCUCCCUCCACAUCAGUGUUGGGCGCCCCUCUCUCCAAACUGUCUGCAGAUACCAGGCUAGGGGAAGAGAACAAGGGCCAUCAGCUGCUGAUGAAGAUGGGGUGGAGUGGUUCAGGUGGUUUGGGGGCUAAAGAACAGGGCAUCCAAGACCCCAUCAAAGGAGGAGACAUCAGGGAUAAAUGGGACCAGUAUAAAGGUGUGGGGGUGUCACUGGAUGACCCUUAUGAGAACUAUCGAAGGAACAAGAGCUACAACUUUGUCGCCCGCAUGAAGGCACGGGAGGAAGUCAAUCGGGAACCUCAGGAGCCCCCUUCAACUGACUGACUGCCGUCAAACAAAUCUCCCCAUCUUCCCCCUCGCCAACCCCACAAAGGAUAAGAAUUUCACUGUCGGUUUUCCAUCAGCAGUCCCAAAUCCUUGCUUCUUUUUUUUUCUUUUCUUUUUUUUGAGUGACAACCACCACUACCACCACACUUGUGAAGCCUGUGAAGGAGUCUUUUUGCUCUCUGCUCAGUGAAGAGCAAGAACAAGUCUGCCCAAGCAGAAAUCAUUCCUUUGCAUUGCACUUACACUAGUAACACAGCAGAACUCAACCAGGAUCGUGAAUUCAGCAGUCUUCAAGGCUACACAAAGAUGGAUUGCUGCACUUACAGAUUUUUGGGAUUUGAGUCUCUAAAAUAAGUGUAAGACAUCCUUUGGUGUGUAGGCUGAUCAGACAAUGCCUCAACAGUGAACAAAGCUGCAGAAAAUGUGACAAAUGGUAUCAAGGCAGUGCUUUUGAAAGUGAUCAAACCCUCUUUAAUACAUGCACGUCAUCAGUUUGAGAAAGCUUGCUCAAUUAUUUUAGUUUGGUUUCCACGCAGUUUUCAUUCUUCUCCUUCAAGUUGCUAACUUAACAAUGCAGUUCACCCAGAAGACAAAUUCUUACAUUCACCUCAUGGUAUGUCCAGAGAUUCGGCCUACUCAGUAAUCCACAGAAAUAUUUUCUGCGGGAUGGAUGAAUGAAUGAAUGAAUGAAUAAAUAGAUAAAAAGUCCUAAUGGAAACUGCUCACUGUGGGUGGACAUAUCUGAAUAUGUGUAUAUGGCUAGGGGUGAGUGGACACAUGUUUUGUUAUUUGUGUGAACUGAUCCUUUAGGACGAAAAGUAGAACCAGAGGAUGUGGUGGCUCCUCUUUUGACUAUUGUUGGUUUUUCGCUGCCUAUUUUUUCAUGUAACUUUCUUCAAUGGACAUAAGUACGUCAGUCAUUUAGUCAAAUAAAUCCAACAAAAGAAAAAGUUAUGAUUAUGAAAUCAAUUGUAAUAUUUCUCCACAAACACGCUGUAGAGCUUAAUAAAUUGAACUCUGCCUCAUACAAAUAA